AUGGCGGCCACUUACAAGCAGUUCCUUGCUGCGCCCAGCUCCUCGGUGCUGGCUGACACAGCUGCGCUGCACUACGUUACCACAACCACGACCUUUGCUGGUCCUACUGAGAUCAUGAAGCACCUUAGUGGUCUUCAAAAGCAGGUGGCCAAGAAGAAGGAGGAGGUCUUCAACAUCGUUGAUGGCCAAAACGUCAUUGUCUUAGAAGUUGACACAGGUCUCGGCUUCCAAACUAGUGGCGGCCCAUAUCUCCCAGGCCUUGACGACAACUUCCUGUCUGCCCGUGACGUGUACCUCCCAAUUACUCAUUUUGUAACCUUCGACGAAGCCGGCAAGAUCCUCCAGAUCAGGCUUCAAUGGGACCAGGGUUCGCUUCUCAAGCAAGUGGAUGUCAUUGGAAAGACUGGUCGCAAUUGGCCUAUUAGAGAUAGCCGAGAGCAGAUCGCAUUUAUCCAGGGGUGCAUCAGGACUGCUGGCACUGCCGCUCCUGCGGCUCCUAGCCACAACGAGUCCGUUGCGCGAAACCGAGGCAACUCUAACAAUGCUUUCCGCGAUCCCCAUGCGUCCUUGAGACUAUUUGGUCCUCGAGACGAGAUCGAGGACCCAGAGCCCUCCAAGGUUGUGUCUCCUUAUGCCGGUACCAGUAACCGCCCGAGACAGCGAUCCUUCACAGAAAUCCUAGGAGAUGAACCGACUUCGCCAAGCGCUGGCCGCCGAAACAUGUCACCUGCGAAGGGAGGUCAAGGUAAGAACUUUAAGCCUUCUCGCAUCUUCGACGAGGAGGAGAAUUUCGAACAGCCCGUGGAGCAGCGAAGCGCUGGCCGCCGAACCAUGUCACCCGCGAAGGGAGGUCAGGGUAAGAACUUCAAGCCUUCUCGCAUCUUCAACGACGAGGAGAAUGUCGAACAGCCCGUGGAGCAGCCUCAGCCUAAGAAUAAGCGAUACAUUCGUCCUGACCCCAAGAAAUACUCUCACUUUGACUUUGCCGACGGUAGCGAUCCCCAGGAUGCCCCCAAGCCAGGCGUACCCUUCCACGAGAGACCCAAAACCAAGCACGAUAGUCAAUGGGAUUUCGAAGAUUUCACAACGCCCCAGAAAGUGAAGCCCUCUAAGACCAUGCGACCCCAGGAUCUUCGUCACUGGGACACUGACAAGGAUGCUGUGGAUGAGACCCCUAAUCGCCCGGCUACCAAGCCCCGGCGCGAUGCCAACGCACAGUCCGAGCGCCAUGAAGACGGUGAGAAAAUGCCCCACCUUCGAGGCUAUAAAAACGAUGGCCUCGGACUUCGCAAGAAUCAAUCGUUUAACAAAGACGAAAUAGGAACCAACGGGGGCGCUCUAGGUAACAUUACCAACGUGAAGAACCGCGGAAAGGACUUUGACCACCACUUUGAUAUCACCGACAAGUCGCCGGCUCACCCACAACACGAAGCUGCUGAAAUGGAGAACACCGACAAGCAUAAGAUUGCCAUUGCUGGUGACGGCAUGGGAGGUCGAAAGGGCACCAACAGGGAUUGGCUUUAUGGUGAGAUCGAUGAUGUCGCCCAGUCAGUUGCUGGUCGUAAGCAGCCCAAUGCCGUCGCCUCGGGUGUUCCCUUGACCAAGAGUGCCAAGAUUGCCGUUGCCGGCGAUGGCAUGGGCGGCCGAAGGGGCGCUGAUCGAGACUGGCUUUACAACGAGACAUCUGAGGCAGCAGAGACCGCGGAGAAGCGCAAAAUUGCUAUUUCUGGUGAUGGCAUGGGAGGAAGGAGAGGUGCCGAUCGAGAUUGGCUUCAAGGUGGUGCAAGCGAUGCGACCGAGACUACCGAUAAGCGCAAGAUCGCUAUUUCUGGUGAUGGCAUGGGAGGCAAGAAGGGCGCCGACCGAGACUGGCUUUACAAUGAGACAUCUGAGGCAGCAGAGACCGCGGAGAAGCGCAAAAUUGCUAUUUCUGGUGAUGGCAUGGGAGGCAGGAAGGGCGCCGACCGGGACUGGCUUCACGGCGAUACAAACGAGACAACAAGCAACAAACCAGUUCCAGGACGAACACCAGUAUCCAACACCGCACCCAGCGCCCAAGUAAAGGAGAACACCGACAAACACAAGAUCGCCAUUGCGGGUGAUGGUAUGGGAGGCCGGAAAGGAACCAACCGGGACUGGCUCUACGGCGAAGUGGAUGAAAAGCCUGUUCCAACACGCCAAAAGGCAUCAGCCAAGGAGGACUUCUGGGACUUUUAG